AUGGAACAGUGUAAAAACAGUAGUAAAUGUUUUGGUCCAUGGGAUCGAUGUGAUGGUUGGCCAACUUGUGAAGAUUUUACUGAUGAAUUCAAUUGUGUAUGCGGGUACUACGAGUUCACGUGUGGAGAUGGUAGUUGUGUCGGCCUUUGGCUGCGAUGUAAUGGCGCUGAAGACUGUAGUGAUGGAUCUGAUGAAAGUACAGAAUUAUGUGAAUGCGAUGUAGGCGCGUUCAAGUGUGAUAAUGGUUUAUGUAAACCUGAGCAAGGCAUAUGUAAUAACUACGAUGACUGUGGUGACAACAGUGAUGAGAAUAAUUGUGUGUACUAUGUGUGCGACAAUGGACAGGUUCUAGCCCAAGGAAACUUUUCUUGUGAUGGAUAUGCCGAUUGUGAUGACCAAAGUGAUGAACAAGAUUGUCCGACUUUUGUCUGUGACAAUGGUGAUGAAUUGACGCGACUACCAGAUCAUCCCUCUCCUGUCUGUGACAUGAACUUUGAUUGCUCCGAUAAAAGCGACGAGAAGGAUUGUGAAUGUCGUGCGUUUACCAUGCGGUGUUCAGAGACGAGAUAUUGUGUUCCAAUAUACUAUCUCUGUGACGGCAACGACGACUGUGGAGACGGUUCAGACGAAAACAAUUGUGAAUAA